ACGGGUUAAUGAACGUUGCCUUAUUGAAGUACUGUUAUAUAGGUAUACUGUGUGUUUACCUGUACACAAAUCCACGGAUAUAUAACAUCUGAUUACUGACUGACUGGACAGAGCUCGGCUAUAGUCUCUUAUAAGGUGUCUGUUGUUACUGUAUCCAUAAAACAAUCUUCAUUUCAUUCGAACGCCAUUUUAUCUAGAGACGGGGAGAUUAUAACAUACUGAAGGACUAAAGUAAAGAAAAAUCAACAUGGGUCUUAGUUGUUCCGGAAAGGUUGGGAUGCUCUUCCUGAUCAUCAUAAAUAUAAUAUUCAUGUUGCUCGGCCUCGGGUUGCUAAUUCCGGGGAUCCUUGUCCAGGUCAACGUUGACAUUGUCAAUGACAAAGUCAUGCCGCUCCUCAACCAGUUGUCACUAGGCGGUCUGACGUUCGGAAAUGCAGCGAAUGGUCUCUCUGUAACACUAAUUAUACUGGGAGCUUUCAUUUUAUUGGUGGCUGCAUUGGGAGCGUUUGGAGCUUGCUGCAAAAACAGAUGCAUGCUUGUUGUGUAUGCUAUCAUCGUUGCGGUGUUCUGGAUUGCACAAAUUGUCAUUGUCAUCUUGUGGUUUGUCAUGCGUGGUAAGCUGGAAUCCGAAGCCAAGGCUCAGCUUUUGUCACAGUUACAAAAUAACUACAAACAUGAUGAUUUGACGUCACAUGAACUCUCUACUGCCUGGAACUACUUGUCAAUAGAGUUGAAAUGCUGCGGUGUUGAUGCUGUCACUAGUGCUACUAAUGACUAUGAUGGAAGUGUGUGGCAAGCCGGAACUCCAACAGCUCAGAUACCGAAGGCUUGCUGUGGCGCCACUGUCAGCGAUUAUACCACCUAUAGCAACGCAGCCUGCACAGAUACGGUUACAUCCGGGUACUAUGCUACUGGUUGUUACCAAGCAGUCUACGACAAGGUGAUGACAUACAGCAACUGGUUUAUUGGAGUCGGCAUCACCCUUCUGGUUAUAGAGAUUUGUGCUAUCAUCGCCGCUUGCCUGAUUUGUAAACAGGCAGGGGAAAAGGACAUGAUGGUGUAGAUGGUCACGUGGCUGGUAAUAGUCACGUGAUAGGAUACGUGUUAAGAAUUGUUCUGAUCAUCUGCAUGGGUUCAGUAAUAAUGUUAGUAAAGGAAUCAGGAAGAACGGGUAUAAUGGUGUGAUAAUAAGACUAGUUUAGUAUUCUAUUUAUCUUUAUUGCGAGCAUGGAAAUUGCCAUAUUAAUUACUGUAAAAUACUUCUUUCGUUAAUGAAAACUUGUUAAAUUUAUGUUUAUGCUUAAAGCGUACUUUGCCAUUAUGUGUAACAAGUUGUUAAGUUAUUCCUGUCAGGUACUAGAGUUCAGAUAUAUUCACUCGUUCAAGGCAUUGGCGUUGUGUUUAAGACAUUUAUUUAUGAUUAAUUAUCCAUUGUCUGUUAUAUAAUCAAUAGUACCACAAGAUUGUGUUAUUUCUUAAAUUUCACAUUACAAAAACAUUAUUUAUAUAUAUUGUGAUGACGUCACUGUUUAUGACGUCACACUUGUAUUUUGACGUCAUAUCUUGCAAACAUAUGUUUUCAAGGAGUUUGUAUUCAUAUCCAGUUAUCAUUCCUUUGAUUCGAUCUAUUUGUGUAUAUAAUAUCCAAUUUGAUUAUUUUUUUAUUGUUAUUUAAUAUUCGUCCAAAUCAUCGGACAUUUCCUGUUGUGCUUACUAUCCAUACACGGAUUUAUGAAUAAUUGUCAUUUCACGUCCUGAAUUGAUUCACGAAAGUAGUCAUUUUUUGUAUCUAAUGAGUCAGUUUCCGUGCUAUCUAUUGACGGAAAUCAAUGAAGCAAAUAAAUAAAGAUAAAAUGAUUUAUAACUGAUAAUUUGUUUAAGCAAGGAAACAUCGUAACAAUAAUAAUGUAUUUUUAUCGACCACAAACUAGAACACUGACAGUAAAAUGUGGUUUAUUGCAUGUCAUAUAAUGUAAUGUAUAAUUAUAGGAUCGAUAUAAUAAAUAUAGCUCUUCUCAUGUGUUUUCAAAGAUCAUUAUUGACACAUUCAUUGAAAAGUUCUGUCCAGAACCUGUUUCACUAUCAAUAUCUACAAUGAAACUUCAAGAAUGAGCUUCAACAUAACUGACAGAAGGACACAUAAAUAUUAUGGUGUUCUUUCAUUUGCUUUCAAUGAUUACAUAAUACAAUUACAUGAACGACUUUUUGCACAAUAACAAAUAUUUAAAUGCGUUCUUGUAAUUCCAAUAUGAGAUGACACUUACAGUUUAAAGUUAACAAAUACGUUCUAUAUUUAGUUUUGGUUAAGUGUUCCAAUGUCAAAAUAAUCGAAGAAAAAAAAUUUAACAGCACAAAACUUGUCAUGACAAUUAAAGUUCUAUAGAUCCUGUUCAAAAAAAUAGUCACGGAAGAAGGACAUACCUGCUAUGAACAGAUAAGUUUGCAAACAAGAAAACGUGUGUUAUGGUUCAAGUGCUCGUUGUCACGUGUAACGUAUUUAUGUGUUUUAUCUAUGUAAAGUACAUGUAUUGUUGAAUUUGUUAUUCACAGAUAUUGUACUUGUGUGAUAUUGAUUAACAUGUAUUCACAUGUAAAGGAACUUUAAAGCAACACAAAUCUGACUUUUAAUGAAUGGAGUAAAAUAUUUUGGAUUAUUAAGGUGGACCUCUUUCAAACAUUCGAUGGGUAUAUAGCGUACUUGUAAGGAUAAACAACACAAUAAUUUUUCUUUCACUCAGUUUCUUUCAUACUAUGAUGAAUGAAAUUAUAGCUGAACUCGAGAAAAAUGUAGAAUUUCGCAAGCUUUUGUAGUACUCGUUCAUUGGUAUUCGGCCAUGUUUUGUGAACGUAUUUAUUGUGAACAUUUAUUUCGUGGGUGCCAGAGGCAUAGAACAGAUUCGAAAGGGGCAAGAAUAAAUACCAAAAUCAAGUGUUCCAGUUUGUCUCAAACAUUCUGUUUUUCUGUAUUUUACAUGUGUUUGUGAUCUGCCUUAAAUCUCUCUUACAUAGGGUGUGUCCAUUGGUAUUCUAUGCUAUAUUGUUAUCAUUUUAAUGCUGGAUGGUGAAGAAAAAAAUACUUCAUUUUGAACCUGAGGUAUUAGUAUGCAUUGAUGCUUUCAAUGAUGAACUUUCAUAAGUGUGUAAAACAUUUGUAAUGAUAGAAAAUAAAUUUUGAGGAAUUUAUUUUCAUAUACACCAGAUGUAUUUCUGUAAAACCUGUUCUGGUUGACGUAAUAUUCAGGUCAACCUCGUUAUUUAUUAUAUAUUGUAUUUCUUAUCGCAAACUGUACAGGUUUAGAUAUACUUACAGGUUAGAUAUCAUGGCAAUGCAUUCCCUCAUAUGGCUCGCGAUUGUUGUAUUUUUAGAUAAAAACUCGUCAAAUUUAAUUUGCCAAAGCAAUAAAUUCACAAUCAUCAGACUGCAACGGGGUGGAACAACUUUUCGUGUUUUCCUACUGACGCAUAUGCUUCGAUGAAAUUACUAUUUGGUGCCUAAUUCGAUUACUUUAUUCAGAGAAAAUCCCGAUGAAGUUCAAUGUUAGGGGACGACAUUGUUGUAUGGUGUACAAACAUUAUACUUCGAUACUGUUGAUGGCGACCAGAGGAAUCUAGUCUGACUAUGAAUAUCUACUAGAGGCGGGGUAGGGGUAACUAAGGAAACAGACGCCAGAAUACGUCAUUGUUCAAUUAAAUUACUUAAGCGUAUACAAUUGUUCCCAUUGUUGUCUGGUUUUUGUACCGUAAUUGUAAUUAAGUUAAUGAACAUUUGGUUUGUUUUUUCUGUUACACAUGCGCAGUUAACUACUACACAUUGUUAUUGUUAUACACUUGAUACCAUUUUUAUUACUUUUAAUGAACAUACCUGUUGAUGUGAUGAUAAUGACGCUAUUUCAGUUAUGCAGGUAUUUGUCAAAUACUCAUCUUAUUAAAACAAUACCUGUAAUUGUCGAUACAGCCAUAAUGUAGAUUUCACAUCUAAUGUUCUAUUUCUUUAACAUCCCGGAUGCUGUUAAAUAACACAGGUUCUAUUCUAAAAUCAGUGACGCUGCAGAAGGAAUAUAUAUAAUAAUUUCAGGCAUUUUUAUCAAAUAAUCGAAGUGCAUUUUAGAUAAUAAAUUAACGUUGUUUUAGAACUCAUUUUAAUUGUUCUAGCAUUACGUCUUACAUAAUAUCAUAAUUGCUGGCCUGGAUGGAAGCGCGCCGAUAUGCCUCUGAGGGAGGAAACUUGAGUUCCCAACGGAAGUCCACAUUGUCGGACAGACUGGCCGAUAUGCAAUACUUUUCCUUCGUACAAACAAUUAUAUCCACGAGUAGAAAUUGUGUUCCCAGAUGAUAUUUAGUAUUUCAAUGAUUGUAGGGUUUUCCCGAUUUGUAUUUUAAGAAAUCUGAACUGUUUCGUCUACCAGGUGUAGAGAAAGUGUUUUUCUGCGCCACUCUAUUUUCAUGAUUCAGGAAAUGUUUCGAUUUAUUGUAUUUCAGACAUAAAGUACUGUUGCUAGUUA